AUCGCCUUCAGCGUGUGUUGUUGGUCGUCUCUGUUUCUCUCUCUCUCUCUCUCUCGGCGACUACUAGCUUCUUCUUCCCGGCGAUAGAUUAUUCCGUCGGUCGUCGUCUCGAAAGUUUCGGUUUUUUUGUUUUCCUGUGAAUAUAGCUGAUUCGCUGUCGAUUUCAAUUCGGCAGCCAUGAGCUCGGUUUUGCAGGGUUUUACCAAGUCACUCGCUAUGACGUUUGUCUCUGAGAUUGGUGACAAGACGUUUUUCGCUGCUGCUAUUUUAGCGAUGCGUUAUCCUAGGAGACUUGUGUUGGCUGGUUGUCUAUCCGCUUUGAUUGUUAUGACUAUCCUCUCUGCUACUCUUGGAUGGGCUGCUCCAAAUCUGAUCUCACGCAAAUGGACACAUCAUAUUACAACGUUGUUGUUCUUUGGUUUUGGACUUUGGUCUUUGUGGGACGGUUUUAAACAAGGAGGAGGGGGUUCCGAAGAAUUGGCUGAAGUCGAAGCCGAACUGGAUGCUGAUUUGAAAGCUACUGGUAAAACUACAAAAGACAGCAGUAAGAUUGAAGAUGAAAACAAAAAGCAGAAAAGGCCGUUCCUGACACAAUUCUUCUCUCCAAUUUUUCUCAAGGCGUUUUCGAUUAACUUCUUUGGAGAAUGGGGUGACAAGAGUCAGCUUGCGACAAUUGGUUUGGCUGCAGAUGAAAAUCCACUCGGAGUGGUCCUUGGCGGAGUUGUGGCACAAUUUUUGUGCACCACUGCUGCUGUGAUUGGAGGAAAGAGCUUAGCGUCUCAGAUAUCCGAACGAAUAGUUGCUCUUUCUGGUGGAAUGCUUUUCAUCAUUUUUGGCAUCCAAUCGUAUCUUACUUCUAUUGAGGCUUAAUGCUUCUUUAUGGUUUAUAGGGAGAGAUGACGACGAAGAAUGUCACCAGCCAUAGUUUCUUAGAUAUUUAAUCUUUUGAUAUUAAACGUUUACACUAGUGAUUACAAAACAAAUCUCCAAGAUUGUCUUACAGUGAAAAUAUUGAUAUGGGCUGAAACAGCCACCUGACUUCAAUAAAGUUUUGGUAAUGUCUUGUUCUUUUUCGGAAUCAUGUGGAUUUUGAAGUUUUAUGUUAA